UGGAGUAGGCUGGCUAACCUGGAUAGAGAGGGAUGGUAGUGGCAGGAUAGCUAUUCUCAUCGGAUUUAAUACACCCAAUUCUUGGAAAUAUUUCUUAUACACUUACAUUUUUAUUUGUAAUACAUUGAUGUGUAUUUGGUGAUAGCCUAGAUUUCUCAUGAAGGUAGGCUGCUUUGUUAUUAAUAUAUUCCCGCUGUUGCAUUUCGACUGUGCACAGCUCAGCUCCCUGUGAGUCUUCGGUCUGUCGUUACAGGCUAUAGAUAGUAGCCUAUCUACCGUUUAUAGCCAGUAAUAAAAACACGUCUACCUUGACAUCUCAACUUGACCCACCGAUCUGAUUUCUGGACUGUCUCAUCACGGAAUUCACGAGAUGGACGAAGACAAUCAAGUACCUGAGGAUCUCUCUCUGGAAGAGAGGGAUGAGCUGUCAAACAUCCGGCGGAGGAAGAGAGAGCUGCUGGAUGAUAUUGAACGCUUGAAGUUUGAGAUAGCUGAAGUCAUGACUGAGAUUGAGCAACUAACGUGUGUAGGAGAAAGCAAAACAACACAGAGGAACAAACAGAUCGCCAUGGGGAGGAAGAAAUUCAACAUGGAUCCUAAGAAGGGGAUCCAGUUUCUCCUGGAGAACGACCUUCUGCAGCACACCCCAGAAGACAUCUCUCAGUUCCUCUACAAGGGCGAGGGCCUGAACAAGACUGUCAUCGGAGACUACUUAGGGGAGCGAGAUGAGUUUAACCUCAAGGUGCUGCAGGCGUUCGUAGAGCUCCAUGAGUUUGCUGACCUCAACCUCGUCCAGGCCUUAAGGCAGUUCCUGUGGAGUUUCCGUCUGCCUGGUGAGGCUCAGAAAAUUGACCGGAUGAUGGAGGCGUUUGCCUCGCGGUACUGUGGCUGUAAUCCCGGGGUGUUCCAGUCAACAGACACCUGUUAUGUGCUGUCGUUUGCCAUCAUCAUGUUGAACACCAGCCUGCACAACCCCAAUGUCAGAGACAAGCCCCCUGUAGAGAGAUUCAUCUCCAUGAACAGAGGGAUCAACGAGGGAGGAGACCUGCCAGAGGAACUACUCAGGAAUUUAUUUGACAGCAUCAAAAAUGAACCCUUCAAAAUCCCAGAGGACGAUGGCAACGAUCUGACACACACGUUCUUCAACCCCGACAGAGAGGGAUGGCUACUGAAACUAGGUGGAAGAGUGAAGACCUGGAAGAGACGGUGGUUCAUUCUGACUGACAACUGCCUGUACUACUUUGAAUACACAACAGACAAGGAACCUCGUGGGAUCAUUCCUCUAGAGAACCUUAGUAUAAGAGAGGUGGAUGAGCCCAGGAAACCUAACUGUUUCGAGCUCUACAACCCCAACCACAAGGGUUCGUUGAUCAAGGCGUGUAAGACGGAGGCGGACGGCCGGGUCGUCGAGGGCAACCACACAGUGUACAGGAUAUCAGCGCCCACCACAGAGGAGAAAGAGGAGUGGAUCAAAUCCAUCAAAGCAAGCAUCAGCAGGGAUCCUUUCUAUGACAUGCUAGCCACCAGGAAGCGGAGGAUAGCCAAUAAGAAGUGAGGAGGAGAACCUGACCACACCAACCCUAUCAUAGACCCCUGUUGGGGGGGGGGGGAUGUCUCACACGCUCAGCCCAGGGACAGGAGACAUGGCUACGUUACCACAGCAGAGACAAGGGGAUCCAGAUGUAGUGGGGAAUUGACUUUGCAUACAACACCUCUACACUUCAUCAGUAUGGAUAAAGGACAAGAUGGGGAAGGGCACUUGACAUUUUGGUUAUCAGUUUCUUUUCAGAUGCAUCUGUGAAUGCAAUGCACAUAACUGUACAUUCUAUAAAGUAUUAAUGUACUGUAUUGUGAAGGACACACAAUGAGAAACAGCAAUGGUCUGUGCAUUAUGUAUGAAGCUGUGUGUUUGCCUCCCCAAUAUCCCCAUACAGACUGAGCUUUCCCCAGCCAUCUAAGCAGGCUGGAAGAAACAUGGACAUCGUGGCUAGCUCCACAUUGCCCUCUAGUGGGUGAGUUGAGUAUGAGUUCAAUUUCAGCAAAGCCUCAAACUUGAUGAAUCAGCUGGUCAGAUUUUCACCCCGAAACAAAUACUGUACAAUAAGGAUUUGUUUUCAUUCCUCUUUGUUUUACAAAUGGGAUACCCGGUUGUAGUCAGUUAAUGUUAGAGAUAUCACUAUGGUCUAUGUAAGGUCAAUGUGAAUUCCUGAAGAGCUAUAAUAUACUGUAUUAAUAAUACAUAGUCAAGUUUGUCUGACAGUUAUUCAAAGCUAGUUUAUGUAUUGAUUCGAAGUCCACUGCUAUACAUUUGUUUUUCAUAUUUAUUUUCUCUAAUUACAAAAGUGUUUUCCCCUUUACAUUAUAUAUACACUGUACAUAGUUUGUUUCUGUAGCAUGUAAAAGGUUAUGUAUGGCUAGCCUACACCCGUUUGUUCACAUUUCAAAGUUGAGCAAUGAGCAUUACAGAUUACAUACUGCAGUGGAAGAAACCCUCAACUCCAACAAAACAAUUCCUCAUUUCUAAAAUAAACAGAUAAAUGGAACAGCCAAGCCAGCUGGGUUUUGCAUUGGAAGGUGUCAAGUUGAAAACUCCUCACUAGUGGCUCUAUUCAAUCUGUAUCUCGGAAGUCAGCGUUACAGCGUGAUUUAAAUUAAAUGGCAAUGUUCCUGCGUUAGCAGACUGCAUUCACGGUAAACGCUGCAUAUGUCGGCUCAAUUGGAAAUGACCUCAAUUUAUAGAGCGCAAUGUCUAACGCUUCAGCGAUACUGAUUGAAUAGAGCCCUAAGGUUUGGAUCUACAACGCCCCGUUGUGAGACUGACAGAUGAAACUUUAACAAGUCAAAAGUUGUGUAAAAGCGCAAGAAAAUCUCAAUGUUACAGCAGCCUUUGAAAUGUUAUGAGGAUUUUGAAUAAAAUAUGACCAGAGCUUC